AUCAUCUGUCACUGUCAUUAGUUAUUGAUUUUAUCACCGAACUCCGAAGUUCGAAGUUUUAAUAAAAUUUCCAGCCAUUAUCAAAAUAACAAACUCCAAAAAGUGAAUUAUUAAAGAAAUGAAAUAACUAUAAACAAAAGCCGGUCAAUAGUUACAUUCUUACAACUAAGCUUACGUGAGAUCGAACAGUUAUAGCCAUGAGCUCCAAAAAGCCGUUAACUAAAGCGCAAAAACUGCAGUAUGACAAGAAGUAUUCAGAAAAGAAAUCGCUCUAUAUACCAAAAAAAUACUUUGUUAUCGCCAUUAUAAUUUUAUUAGCGGCCAGUUAUAAAUUGUAUUUCUUCAAAUCGGAAGAUGUGACGCCAAAAGUAGACUUGGAGCAAUGGUGGGGCUCAUACCCAAUGAGUGAGAUUGACACUUCUAUUAGACCAUUUACAAUUGAAUUCUCCGAUAUAAAAGUAAAUGAUCUGAAAGAACGUUUACUCCACCGAGCUCCGUUUGCACCUCCGUUAGACAGUGCAGGCUUCUCAUACGGCUUCAACAGUCUGUUCCUGCCCAAAGUACUGGAUUUCUGGCAAAAGGAGUACAAUUUUGAGGAAAGGGAAAGGUUCUUGAACAAGUACAACCAUUUCAUCACUGGCAUACAAGGACUGGAUGUACAUUAUAUGCAUGUGAAACCUGAUUUAGGUGAUGGAGGUGACAUUACUGUCAUACCAAUACUCUUAAUCCAUGGCUGGCCCGGCUCUAUCCGAGAGUUCUAUGAACUGAUACCAAAGCUGGUAACUCCUCGACCUAACCAUAAGUUCGUCUUCGAAGUUAUUGCUCCCAGCAUUCCAGGAUUUGGGUACUCUCAAGCCCCAACACAACAAGGCAUGGGACCGCAAGAAGUAGCAGUAGUGUUCUACAACUUAAUGAAGCGCAUUGGUUACUCCAAGUACUAUGUGCAAGGCGGCAACUACGGUGCAAAGAUUGGUUCUGCGAUGGCCACCCUGUUCCCUGAUGCUGUGCUGGGAUUCCACACCAACACACCGAGUGUGAUGUGGAGUCCUAUGGCUGUAUUCUAUACUUUGAUCGGAACAAUUUGGCCAAGUUUCAUAGUGGAGCCUAGCAUAGCAGACCGUAUGUACCCGCUGUCGCAGUACCUCACCACCAUCAUACAGGAGACCGGCCACUUCCAUAUACAGGCCACUAAGCCUGAUACUGUCGGCAUUGCUCUCUCAGACUCUCCAGCCGGUUUAGCAGCAUAUAUCUUAGAAAAGUUCUCAGCAUGGACUGAUAAGGAAAACAAGCAGGCCAUAGAUGGAGCCUUGCUUCAAAAGUUCUCGCUGACACAUCUCCUGGACAACGUGAUGAUCUACUGGACGACCAAUAGUAUAACCAGUAGCAUGAGGCAUUAUACUGAGUAUAAACAGUUAUUGGAUUUGGAUCGAAUCCCAACAGACGUGCCAACAUGGGGCAUUAAGUUCAAACACAACCUUUUCUUCCAACCGGACAGUAUUCUCCGACUCAAGUAUAGGAACUACUUGCACAGCUCUAUCGUAGAGGAUGGGGGACACUUCGCGGCUAUGGAACUGCCUGAUGUACUGGCUGAUGAUAUUUUUGAUGCCGUUGAUACUUUCAUAAAGUUCCAUGAGGAAAAGAAAAAAAACGAACCUAAAUCUGAACCAACGCAAUCAAACGCUCAACAAACUGAAUCAGCCAAAAAGCCAACUGAAUCAGCCAAAAAGCCAACUGAGUCAGCCAAAGGGCAAACUGAGUCAGCCAAAAAGCAAACAGACUCGGCCAAGAAGCCAACUGAGUCAGCCAAAGAGCCAAAAGAAUCAGCCAAGGAGCCAACUGAGUCAGCCAAGCAACCAACACAAGUAGACUACAUGAAAGCGAAAUCAGUUCACGAAUUCACUGUCAAAGACAUUCACGGUAACGAAGUGAAACUCGACAGGUAUAAAGGACAAGUACUUAUAAUCGUCAAUGUAGCCUCACAAUGCGGCUACACAGACGGACACUACAAACAAUUGAACGAAUUAUACGAAAAAUACAGUACUAAAGGUUUACGUAUACUGGCUUUCCCAUGCAAUCAGUUUGGUUACCAAGAACCGGGGACCCCUCAAGAAAUAUUACAAUUCACUAAAGCUAAACAAGUGAAAUUCGAUUUGUUCGAAAAGGUAGCGGUGAAUGGGGCAGAUGCUCAUCCUCUUUGGAACUUCUUGAAGAGAAUGCAGGGAGGUACUUUGGGUGAUUUCGUUAAAUGGAACUUUUCUAAGUUCAUUGUUGAUAAAAAUGGGGUCCCCGUUGAAAGGUUUGGGCCUAAUACUGAUCCAUUGGAGUUGGUGCCUUAUUUGGAGAAGCUUUUUGAUCAGUAACUGUUGAUUGGGUGUGAACAAUUACUUGUUGAACAAUCUUACGAAUGCAAGUAGUCCGAUCGAUAGAUAAUAAAAUAGACGAAUAUUUUAUAGUUUAAUGAAAUUAUGAUAAUUCAUUAAUGUGACAUCUUGUCAUUUAUUUCUUAUUUCGUGAAACAAAACAAAAAAAUACUCAAAAAAAAAAAAUUAAUAAUCUACUCAACAACAGACAUGAAUAUUAACUCAUCGUCUUAAUUUCCUAGCAAAAAAGUUUAAUGUUAAAAAUUUACAAUAAUUAUAAAUUAUGUAAGUAGUAGGUUCCUUAAAAAACGUGAUCUUGUGAGUGUAUGUAUGUUUGACACGUUUUAUCAUUUGUGGUAUUAGAUAGUCUGAAUAUCCAUGGACUAUUAUAGUCCAAAAAAAAUUACAUACUAAAGUAUGUAAGUAAUUAGAAGCCAAGCCCAAGAAAACCGUGUCAAGGGUUUUAAAUAGUAGAAUAUUUUUUCUAUAUAAUAUGUAUGACUUAUACAAUAUAUAAAAUAUUAUAUAAUUUGUCUUUAAGAUGGUGUAUCCAGAUUAUGUAACAUUUUCUCGGAUAGUGGUGGAAAAGAAACGAAUUUUUGGAUUUAAAAUCUACGUGUAAAUGACAAAGUCGUGUUAGUAAUGCCGUUUCUAACUCAAAAACGGCUGGACUGAUUUUGGUGAUGUUAAAGGUUUUGGAUAGGCACAAAUGGCUGAAAAUUGUUGCGAUGUGUAUGGCGUGGACGCACUUGAUUUAACAAUUUGAUCUUUGUCGAAAUAAUUCGUAUAAUACAUAGUAUUUGACCAUAAUGUAAUACCUAGUAGUGAUUACAUAGACAUUGUCUUGAUGUAAUUGUAAUUAAUUACAGAAUGUUCCCAGUUCUCAAACAUUUUAACCGAUUCC